CAGCAACUUCCACAGUGACACACCCGCCUGAAGUUGCCUGAAAGAUGAUGUUGAGCUUGAGUCUCGUGUCAGCAGUGCUGGUGCUGGUGCCUGUGUUUGCCCUACAACCAAAAGAAGCUGGGCAUUACUUCCACAUGGAGUACAUAUGCCGAUUCAGCAGAAACAAUUUGAAUCAGGUUGAAACUUUCCAACAGUGUCUUUAUGAUAAAGUGUUGGUCAUGCUAUACAACCGACCCACCAUCACAUACACCGGCUACACACAAUGGACCUCUGACCUUGCAAAUCAGUGGAACAGGGAUACAUUAAAGAUGCAGGAAAUUACUCAGAAAGUGGAUGGAAUAUGUGGACAUGCACUAGCCUUAACCAAACAACUCAAGCUUCAGAGAAAGCAGCCCUAUAUAAAGCUCCAGCAGGUCACCCCCCCUAACGGUAGACAUUCAGCAAUGCUGCAGUGCAGUGUGUAUGGUUUCUACCCCAAACAAAUCAACGUGACCUGGAGGAGGAACGGGCAGAAGAUGACCACAGGCGUAAUUUCCACUCAGGUGAUGUCGGAUGGCCAUUGGAACUACCAGGCCCACUCGCAAAUGGUGCUGUCCCGUGGCUCUGAAGAGAAGGUCUCCUGUGUGGUGGAACAUGCCAGCUUCACUGAUCCAGUGGAGCAUCACUGGGAUCCCUCCAUGUCGACCUCAGACCAGAUUCAAGUUGCUUUUGGGGCCACUUUUUUAGUACUUGGAGUCAUUAUUUUAAUUGCUGGUGCGAUCUACUUCAUUACAAAAAGAAUGGGACCUGGAUACUGCUCCUGUGCCUGCGCUUGCAAUACAUUGCCAUUGUCUGAUACUAAACAUGUAAUCCAGGAUGAACCAAGUUAAUCUGUUACCCUUUGGCAGUCUGAUACAUAUUGCCCCUUAUUGUUAUUUCGUCUGUUUCAUGUAUUUUUUUUUUUUAAAAGAUGAAAGUGUUUGUUUUUGUAUACGCAAAUGUGUAUAUGUGUGUGUGCUUUUUAUAAUGACACAUAUUGCUUUAUGAUUCUAUGCUAUUUUAUGUUCUGAUGUUUGCUAGAUAUACUGUAUAGUUCUGUAAAAAAAAUAAGAGACCACUGCUCAUUCGAAUGUCUUUCAGCUUUCUUUAUGAAUAGUCAUGCCUUUAAUUCUUUAAAACUUUUUUGAUUAAAUUUAAUUGUAAGGGGUGUGUCAUGACUAAUAGUUUUAAAAAGCUUUUAAAGAUAUAUGUGAUUUAUUUCAGUACAGUAAAACAUAUUUUAUUUUUAUUUUUAAGUAUUUAAGUAUUAUAUUAAAGUAUUAAGUAUUUAUUUUUCAGUAACCAUUAUUUUUGUCUUAAAGGGAUAGUUCGGGUUUUAAGACACGAAGUUAUAUGGGUUCCCUGUCAGCAACGUUGUGCAUCAGCACUGACUUACCCCCCGACAGCGUCCUGUGAGCCGAGGUCCAGCCGGUUUUUGAUCGUUUUUGAUGCUGAAGAAAGUA